AACAAGAGACAUGAGAGCAUUUCAGGUGUGUGGGUGUUUGUCAGCUGUCAUGAGGGCUGUUCUCCUCACUGAGUUUCUGCUGAUGGGUGUGAGAGGAGAUGGAGAAGAUUCUGAAGAAAAACUAGAAAUAAAGUACGUUUUGAUAGGAGCUGGGAUCGGCCUGUUCUUAGCUGCUGUAUUCAUUAUCAUCAAGAUCUGCAUCAUCAGGAAACAAGUGCGUGAUAACACCAUAGAUUUUAAUACAGACAGUACUGCAAAGAGAGCCAGAGAGCCUCACAUGCUCACUUUGAGCAACUUCAGCCAAUCAGAGAAUCCCAUGGCGACAGAGUCCACUGACAUGCAGUGUUAAAGGUCAGGCAGGGGGAUCUACAGGACAAUGUGAACCCUACAGAAGUGGCAUCUGGGUGACAGGUCAUGCAGGGGGCCUCUCGUCUCCUCACUUUUUAGUUGCACAAACUUCAGUGUAAAACUGUUUUACCUCUUGUACUUGUUCCUCAAUAACAUGUAUCAUUAUGCUUUUUAUAAUGUACAUCUGAAGAGAAUUGUGUUUUUCUAUGACCGUGUAGAGUUUGAAUAUAAAUUUCCAGUCAUUUAAGAACCUGAAUAUGUAGAUUUAUGUGCUUUUUGUUUUGCUCUUUUCUUGAAAAACCCAGCUGCUCUACUGACACACUUACUGCACAGAGAUUAUUCACUACAAUCAGCAGAAAGCUUCAGGACUAACAAACAUUUCAUACAUUUUCCACAAGGUGGCAACAUUUACCUUAAAGACAGAGGAACCAGAGAAGCAUUUAUAAUGAUUCUUUGUACUUUAAUUACUUGUAUUCAGAACUUAAACAUCUAUCACUGAUUGACAGUUAAUCACAUGUGGAUAAUGACAAUGAUCGUUUCCUUUAAGUAAGCAACUUCUCAAGUACCAUUCACUGGUCAUGAAAACAUUCUGCAGCUUCACUCUGACAAUGUGCAUUUCAUGGAUACGUACGGUACAAAUUAAUGUAAGUAUCUAUCUAUCUAUCUAUCUAAAAAGUGCAUAGGAGAAUGCAAACCCAAAAACUUUUUCUGUUCCUCAACUGUCAUCCAAGUUUUGGAAGACAUCUGUACAUCCGAUGAUCAACUUAAAACAAAGGACAACCUAUCCAUCAAAUUUGUGCACACUUUUUGUUAACUUUUUAAGCUGCAUUGCUAACAUGCUAAUUUUGCUAUUGGAACUGAAACAAACUUCAUUUCCAAAACAGUUCAUUCUGAAGAUGGGACAUGAGAUCUAACAUCUAUAAAUGAAUCUGAGUGCUCUGCCAAGUGUCUUUGACUGCCUCCUCCAGACCAGAGAUGGAUAAAGAAGAACCAAUAAAAAAACGUCUUUACUGCUGGAAGUGGGAUUUGCUCGGCGUCAAUCUCCUCCCUCCCCUCCAUCCUGCACAGGAAAUUACAUUUCCCACUCCCUCGCCAGAACCAGAGGAGGGAAAAAGAGAAGAAGAAGAGGAGGAGGAGGAGGAAACCUGGGGCUUCUUUUCUUCAGAGGCAUUUAACUGAGAGUUUAUGGAGGCUCACGGCCGUGGAAAAUGAAGAUCUCCUCUGUGGUCUUCGCUCUCCUGACUCGAGCACUGUUUGGAGAUUUGUGUUUGGCCAUCAACGUCACCAUCACCCCAUCCCCCUUCACCGUGGCCCAGGAGGGUCAAAAUAUCACUCUCUCCUGUGUUGUGUCCCAACGGCGCCGAAAUACAGCUUUACCAGUGGUGAAAUGGACCUUCCUACCAGCGGGCACAGACCGGCUGGAGGACGAGCUCCUAAUUGCCCGCGUCAACAUGAGGAAGGCCCGUUUCUAUGGCAACUACACUAAGAGCUUCCCGUGGCCCAAACUGAAGCUGACAGUGGUAAAGCAGGGGAAGAUCUUUGACCUACUCAUCUUGAAUGUCUCAGAGGGGGACCGGGGGCUCUACAUGUGCCGAGUGCAGGAGUUUAAAAAGCACCAGGACCGCUGGAAGGCCUCAUCCAACUCCACUGCUGCUACUGAGCUCAGAGUGCAUGUCCUACCGGCCACCAAGGCCAAAGAAAGCCUGUGGAGCUUGUUUGAAGAUGUGUACCUGUGUGCAGUGCUGAUCUGCUCAGUGGGCCUGUUGUGCAUGUGCAUGUUCACGGUGACGGUAACCUGCCAGUACAUACAGAAGAAGCAGAGAUUAAAAGAUAAUUACCACCUUGUUAAAAGCCCUCAGAACAGCUCAGGAGAGACAGUUACCAGUGUGGUUAGUGUGUCUCCUGCACUGCCUCAGAAGGAGAGGAGGUACAGGAAGAAAAGGAGCAGAGACUAUCAAGAUGAGAUACCACCAGAGAUACCAGCCAAAGCUCCCAUUGGAGACAAAACAAGGAAACCCAAACUUUUAAAACCACAGCCAAGGAAAGUUGUGUUGCCAAGGAUAGUGGAGGAGAAUCUGACCUACGCAGAGUUGGAUCUGGUGAAACCAAUUCCAGAAACCAAGGCAUCACGUAGCGGCACUGUGUACGCUCAGAUACUGUUCGGAGAGCAGCAGCUAUGAAAGAAACACAAACACACACACACAUACCACUAGUAACUGUGUCUAAUGUAAAAAGGGUUGUCUAUUUAUAGUCUGUAUUGUUUUGUAUUCAGAUGGUUUGUGAAGGACAAAAUGUGUAACGUCUCAAAAUUAUAACAAAAUUGUAGAUAUAAUUUUAUAUGAACUUUGAUAUAACUUUCUUUUAUGUGAGACCAAGGUGCAAAAGGGAAACGUUUUAUAUACUGGUGGUAUUUUUCUUUUUUGCACACGUUUGUAUCCUGUGUAGCUCAAACUGGGAACACAACAGAAGACUACAGUGCUGAUUUACAUCAGAUUUAUCCAUCAUCACAGUCAAAAGGGAGACUCAAGAUUUGAAUUUACAAGGCUAAUCUGAGCCUGUCUGAUUAUAUCUAACAUGCUUUAGUCAAUAUUUGCAAUGUGAUGUCAGCAGAUUAUUAGCUUAGCUUAGCAUAAAGAGUGGAAGUGUUGCGCUUCAUAUAAUGAUAUAGCAACAUACUGGUUCCUGUGAUAUCCUCUUUCGCAUUUCUUUAACACACACUUAAACAGUGAAUUGUGGGAAACCCCAUCGAGAGUAAGCAGAUUUAUGAACAAGAGACUAAAUAAAUUAGAGACAUCCAUUGUUAUGAAUGUGAACCACUGCAUUUUCAAAUGUGAUUUACUUCUAGUGUGUUCCCAGCAUUAUCUGCCUCACAACAUCUGUGUUCAGUCUGUCUGUUUUUGUGUGUCAGGCUGCAGUUUAUAAUGACCACAACUCCACAGAGUUGAUAUUAAAGUAGCGAUUAGCCCCCCGACCUCCCCCUCACAGGCAAGUAUGUGAGACCAUGCGAGCCCUUUCAUCUGGUGCCAACAUCAACUUAACAGGCUGUUAGUGACACACACAUAUGUAUACAUACAUGCAAGGGUGGAGUUGCAUUUAGGCUCAACACUCACUCCUCUAGGAUCACACACAAAGGCACAUACUGCAAAUCCAAAAAGCUGCAAACAAUUGUGACACCUGAUCCACAAACAGGGACAAACUAAGACCUGUGUUUGGGCUAUUACACAUUUAUGUAAGUCACAGUUUACGUAAAAUUUUAAGGUGAUUUUGUUGCUUGAGAUGAGAUAAGAGCCAGAGGCCAUAUCGGCUGUAAUCCAACAUACCUUUGCUACGGUCUCCUUGCUUUCUCACUUUCCAUGAAUCUUAGCGUGAAAGUGCUUAGGACUCUUUUUCCAUUUAAUGAUCCUCUGGAUUCAGGCAUGGAAAAAGCAAAGGAGAGUUUUUUAAACAGUGAACUUGAAACCCAGACACAAAGGCACCGGAUCCCUCCCUUCCCCCAAGACUUCCACUAUCUUAUGUGGAGCUACCCAUGCAGAUGGAGCCCUACCAGUGAAGAAGUCGCACUUUCUUCAGCAUUCUUGCCUAAGUCCCUCUGAAAUCCACCUUCAAGUGGUGUUUUGCCCUGUUUUCAGUUGUCAAACAUCAGCUAAACUUGCAAAUAAUGUGGUAGUUUGAGAGCGUAUAUAGUCACUCGAGUAAAAUAAUUUGACUCCUAUGUAGAACAUUUAAGAAUGAACUUAUAUGUGGUAUUUGCUUCAGAGUUACUUAACCAAUUUCUAAGAAAGUAGGUAUCAACUAUGGUUAUCUAGCUCACAGCUAAUCUGCACAUAAAAUUCAGUGGAUCUGUCUUUUGGUUCCGUCUCCUGUCACCAAAAAGACAGAUUAUCCUUGUCUUUUUGAUAUAGAGAUGUAUGAUUGUAGCCUCAAUCAGUCGUUGUAGCACAAAGGCUGACGAACAAUACAGCUGCCUGUCACUUGAAGAAGCCCAACAAAUGCAAUACAGGACAAAGUUUUCCAUCUGCCACUGCAAAUUUAUAACAAAAUCCUACAGCAAGCUUGCAGCUUUUGCCUUGGACAUUUUUCCUUCCCCUCACUGUGUAUAUCAUAUGCCACUGUUGACCUCUGCAUCUGUUAGCAUUCCAAUUUUCCAUUGUUGUCCUCUUCUGUUCAUUUCAGUUGCACAGUGUGCAUUAUCCCUAUAUAAAAUGACUGAAAGUGACCUUUCAGUGGUGGGUAGGAGUGUCUUAAAAAUGCCCUUAAACUGUGAAAUGUAAAGUUUCUUCCAGACCACACUGUCCUUAAUGGGAGUCCUCUAACUAGAACCAUGUGUGAAUGGUGCCUCUGCUCUCUUGUUCUCUCUGUUCCUCUCUCUCUCUCUCUCUCUCUCUCUCUCUCUCUCUCUCUCUCUCUCUGCCUACCACUGACCUCUGCAUUCAUCAACAUUCCCGCUUUUCUGCGCUUGUUCAUUUUGUACAUUUCAGUAAGUGAAAUAAAUAUGCUGUAAAAGUGGAUGUAAGCAGCAUGCUGCCAGAAAGCUGUUCCUAGCCAUGCUAGCCGCGUGGUUCUUUGGAUGAAAAUAUUCCAUUGCUGUGGUCCAGGCUGAAAUAUUGUGUGUAUAUAUAUUACAGUAACAUAGCUGGGCUCCUACUUGUCCUAUGCCCUGUUAACUCCAUGAAAGAAGUAUGGUCCUAGUUCAACCACUAAACAUAUCUGACUGAUAUAUAUAUCAUAUUUGCACUCAGGGCCCGUAACCCAACAGCAGAAGAUCCUACAAAACUGUGAUCCUCAAGCUUCCACAUGCUAUUAAUAUGUACUGAUUGUUAGGAGGAUCUAUGCUGUGAUUCAGCUCAGAUCUCCCAGUCCUAGUUGGUUUUCUCCUCCAUGUUGGCAUAAAAAGUAGACGUGAGAGGGGUGCAUCUAGGAGCCUGGAUGGGUGUCAGCUAGUCUUGUGGCAGGGGAGGCGCAGUAAUGAGAGAGGGGGAGAUUUAAAUGUUGGGUUUAGUUUACUCGCAGCCUCCAAAUUAUUUUCGAAAGGAAAAGAGAGGGGAAAGCUCCCUGUGUGCGUAAGACAAAAACGAACCCCAGAGAUUUUACAAAACUGUCUCACCCACAAAGAAAACACAGGUCAGUAGGUAACUUGAUUUUGGGGGAAGUGGUACAAAAGCAACAAAUUAUAAUAAGUAAAGUAAAUAGAAUUCUGAUUGUUGGGUGGGAUUGUUUAAAAGGAAAGAGGUGAAAGGAGGAAAAGAUGGUUUAAAAGGAGAAAUUCCCCCUUUGUGUGGGGAAAAGAAAGGCAGAUAGACUCUUUGGUGUGGGAUGAAUUGAUGCUAGUUGCUUGUCUGAGCACAAAGCAGCAGACUUUGCAGACGCUUCCUCAAAAAGAAACAACUGAUGUCACCAGCAAAACAGCCAAACAAAACCUAUUGUUAGAGCUGAAAUCCUUGUGUGUGUGUGUGUGUGUGUGCAUGCCAUCAUGUCAGUCCAUAGAAAAUACAAUGCAUAGUAAACACACAGUCUACAACCAUCAUAUCCUGUGAGGUUACAGUAAUGCAUAGCUACGCUGGCCUCAGGGCAAAAAAGAACAUAAUGAAAGACUUCAGCAAGUGGAAAUCACAGGAAGUAGGAAUUAGAGUAAAGCACCAAACUGGAUGUCCCAUAAGCAACUUGUAUCCACUGUCCACUGUUGAACGGUCAGUCCAUGUCGGGGGACUGACCUUGUCCUCUGUGAUUCCUUCUGUAAGUACACAGCAGAGCUCUAAGGUCAUGUCUUGACCCGGGUCCAUUGGGGCAGUGCCUGCAGGCCCUCAGAAAACACAGUCAAGUGCACUGUGGGACUGUUGUUGAGAAACAAACUGCAGACUCAAAAGAAGAGCUCGACUGGCCUGUGCAGCUAUUUACUCAAGUUAACCUGUGUUUCUCACUGUCCAGUGUGUCCAGUGAGGUUAAAAACACAUACUGUGUUGGUCCGGUCAUAAAUUUGGAGGAGACUGCUUGUGUUUUUCCACGUUCCUGGAGGAUGACGAGGAAAGAAAACAUCAGGAAGGCUUUUUCUCCUCGUUCUGUUCCUGCAUGGUAACAAAUAAAGUAGCUCUGAAAAUGGGGAGGGAGGCAGGCUUACUCCUUUUUACUCCUAAAAAUAUAAUUUUUAAAGCUGGCAUCUGUCUCUAGAAAAUCAGAGUUGAUUAUGUCAUUUGGAGUUUCUGAUGUUAAAGAAAAAAGAACUGGCAGAAGUUGUAAUGCAAGUGAGAUGCAUAAGAAAAAAAAAACAUAAUAGCUCAUCACAGCUUGUUGGAAACUCCAACAGCCUGGCUCUUGUUUUGAAUCCAGCAGCUUUUUUAUCUUCGUCUCACGCUUUGGAUGUGUUUGACAGACGUGCAGUAACCGAUGGGGCAUUUCAUUACAGGAUUUAUUAGUCUGCAGCAAGCAUGACUGUCAUCUCUCAGUGCUAUGAUUCACUCUGCUGCUCAGUGGAACUGUGGGCCGAGCAGAGCUAAUGAGAAACAGCCAGUCUCGGGCUCACCGGCUGGCUGCCUGUCACCCCUCUGAGCUCCCCAGAAGGAUGAUCUCAUACUACAAUGGCUUUCAGGGUUGUUAACAGCCAGUGAGGAGAGAGUGGUGGGGGUGCAAAGAUGUCAGUGAUAAAGCCAGUGAAGUCAGAAAGAGGUUUCCCCCUGACUAUGGAGUUUAAACUGUGACCUGUGGCUGUAAUUCAAUGUGGAUUGUAUUUUUCAUAAAACUGAGUAUCUGUAUAUUAAUGGAAUUUAAAGAGUAAAGUGAAAGGUGUCACCUGUGGAAACAAAUCUGUGGAGGAAUCCCCUCAGUUCUGGACAGCCAGCUUUUCAGUGCCUUUUAGCUUGUUGUUCUGGUUUUUAGGAGUAAGUCUCUGGGAUUCUGAUCCACUUUCACUGCUCUCAUAGUGUGGAGGCAGCAGGAAUGAAACUGCAAACAGAAGAAAUUAGCAAGUAGUUAGAGAACAUGGUGGAGCAUUUACCUACUCAACACCCAGAUAUUUACUUCAGGAGUUGGUGGAGAGCAAAAUAACUAUAAAAGACAUUGACAGCUCCAUGUUUCCUCAAUAUGGAAAUAAACAACUGUUUUGCCGUCUUUUUGAGGUUAUAAUAUGUCAAACAUGUGGUUUACAGAUACUGUGCUGCUCCCAAGUGGCCGAAAAUCUAUUCUAUUAAUUCAGGUCAAUCUAAGAAAGAAAGAAAGAAAGGCCGACGAGCAACUGAAACUUUGAUAUUGUGACUGUACUGAGCUGUACAUGACAGCUCAGACUGCUGACAGACUUGAUAUACUGCUGAACUGAAGACAGUCAGAAUGAACACGGGAUGUUGCAGACAAGAGAACAGUGAUGCAUUCACUGGCUCUUGUGUGCACUGAAGUGAAAUUAAUUAAAACCAUAACAUCUGCAUAGUCAGUGACUACAGUCUUUAAAUUGAACUGAACAACAGGCAAGUUAGUGGAAAUGAUUGGAAAUGAUUGAAGCCUCAUACCCAAUGACUGAUGACUUUAUGGCUUCUGAUUUAGGCUCUGAAACAGCCAGACGUUUCUGUGUAAACAGCGCCAAUAAAACAAAUCCCGAUCCAGUCAACACAUUCAUCAGCUACCACACGACUGACUUACUCAGAAACACUUUCUCAAACGCUAAGUGAGUUUUUCAUCAGAUCCCUGUUCCCCAAGUGAGACGUGGAUAAAAAGGAAAGGAGUUCUUUGAACUUCCAGCCCCGAAGCAAAAACAACACAACAGUCACAUAGUUAGACGAAAGGAAAAGCCACAUCCAUUCAAAGCUUAGAUAAACACAUGAAUGCCUCUGCCCCCGUGGUGCCAGCUUUCCUAAACAUGUCCAACAAGCUAUUACUCAUCUCUGCACAAAAGCAGCUUUGGCCUUGUUUUGAAUUAGAAGGCCUAAACAGUAGUGCAUAAAGAAGACAAAGUAUGCAGAAGCACGCUGGAAAGGAAGGAAUCACAAAGUCCCUGUAACAAAUCCUGGAGCCUGAACUCAGCGCUGUGGUUCAUCCCAUUUAUCUGAUCCUGAGAGGGAUAAAGACACUUCCUUCUGCCUGGAUUUAUGUGUUGCUUUUCAUGCUGUCUGCAUCCUGUAAAGGAUGACUGAGCAACAAUUCAUACAGUUACACUUAUUUAGUGUCCUCUGUAGCUCAUGGAACUGUUUCCCUGUGCUGAUCACAGACUGGUCUUGUGCAGCAGUUUUAAAGGGAAGUGAAAACAUGAAAACAUGAAGUGAAAACAUGCCACCACAACAAAACUGAAUAGCAUUCAGUGACGAUUUGCCACCAUGCAUGCAAUGUGACCAUUCUGUUCUUUUUGUGGUUUGGACAGAAAUAAGCAUUUCUGGUCAGUGUGGUGGUUUCUGUCCAGUAUCAGUUUAUUUCCAAACUUCAAAUCAAGUGUCUGGCUCAGGGGGAUUUAGUGGAUGUUAAGAAGUGAAUUGAAUUUCUGGUUUGUUUUCCCCAACUAGAAACUUAUAGAUGACUGUUCUCCAGUUAAGUUAUUUCAAUCCAUUGCAGGUAACAGAAACAAUAAUUUGUUAUAUAUGAAGUGACGAUGUUAAACCUGACAAACACCAUCAGCCUUUCCAGCUAAAUGUUUCCAACCUUGGUCAGUGUGCUAUGUUUAGUUUUUAACCAUGUUAUUGAAUCAUAUAAAAACCAUUUAGGGCAUUUAAGGCUUUUACCAAAGCUUAGUUAUAUCAUGAACUGGGAAAAGUGAACAAGUUCAACUCACAAGUCUGAGCAGGAAACUUUAGAGACAUUUAUUAUGAAUGUAUUAGUAAUAAUAUGAACUGAAACAAGACUCAUGGAUGAUGUGUUUAUGUGUGAAACCAUGCUGGUGACCAACAGGCAGAUGUUUGAAAAUGCUGUCUAGCAGCUGAGAAAGACGACAGGAAGGAAGGAAGGAAGGAAAUGAAUAACUGAAACAGGAAAUCCUUGCUGUUAAGUUAGUAAAUUGAAAUACCGGGAUGUAGACACAUGACAUCAGUGCCGGGGUUGUCCUUAUUAUUAGUAUUUCUAUAUAUCUUUGAUUAUCUGCUGCUGUUUCUGUCCCUGUAUGUUUGAUUCUCUCUUUGAUAAACUGAAGACAUACAUUUAAUAUAAUACAGUAAUAUUAAAUGUAUGUCACACACUAUAAAGUAGAUGUAAGCAGUUAUAUAUGGACAUUGUUGUGUGUUUAAAAACACAAAUUCCUUUGUUUUCCUUUAGAAGGAGACCAACAUUUAUACAUUUUUAUAUCAUGUAAUUUAUUAAACAAUUGGAUGAAUGAUGGACCAAACAUAUUUUUUAAAUGGUUCAUUUCUUUUAGCAAAAAAAAAUUAGUAACAUGAAUGAACAUUGGGUAACAUGAAAGUGUGUGUGUGUGUGUGUGUGUGUGUGUGUGUGUGUGUGUGUGU